AUGGAUAGUAUCAAAAAAAAAGAAGAUUAAAAUAAAUAAUAAUAAAUAAGAUAAUAUGUGGAUAUAGCAAAAAGAGCUGUACAAUUAUAUGAUGUGAAAAAUUAUCCACUAGCAAAAUAUGUAUUUAUAUUAGCUUUAGAAGGAAUAGUCAAGUUGCAAAAAUAGGAAAAUGAUCCUGAAUUAAAAUAAUAGCUCACAUAAAAAGCAAAUGACUACUUUCAAUUAGCUGAAUAGUGUAAAAAGUAAUUAGAUGCUUAAAAUAAACAGCUAUAAACAGAUCCUUUAGUGUAGUAAAUUAAUUUAACAAUGUUGGAAAAAAAGAAUACAAUAAAAUUUGAGGAUAUUGCUGGUUUAAAAGAAGUAAAAGAGGCUCUCUAUGAAUCUAUAAUUUACCCUAAUCUUAGACCAGAUAUAUUUUAAGGUAUAAGAGCUCCACCGAGAGGUAUUUUGCUAUUUGGGCCUCCAGGAAAUGGGAAAACUCUUAUUGCUAAGGCUGUAGCAACUGAAAGCAAUGCAACUUUUUAUAAUAUUAGUGCAAGUAAUUUAAUGAGUAAGAAUUUAGGAGAAGGAGAGAAACUAGUAAAAGCACUCUUUUAGUGCGCUUACGUAAAUCAACCUUCUAUUAUAUUCAUAGAUGAAAUAGACAGUAUUUUAAAGGCUAGAUGUGAGAAUGAACACGAAGCAUCUAGGAGACUUAAGACUGAAUUUUUGAUUUAGUUCGAUGGUGCUAAUUCCUCUGAUUAGGAUAGAGUUAUUGUAAUAGGAGCUACAAAUAGACCAUAAGAAAUAGACUCAGCUGCUCUAAGAAGAUUUACAAAAAGAAUAUUGAUUGAUGUGCCAGAUGAAAAUACGAGACUUCAUUUAAUUAAAUAUUAUACAAAAGAUGCAGUGACUUCUUUAAACGAAAAAUAGAUAAAAGAAUUAGUUAAAAAGAUAGAUGGAUAUUCUUGUAGUGAUAUUAAAGCUCUAGUAAAGGAAGCUUGCAUGCUUCCACUUAGAAAACUAAAAAAAAAUGAAUUAUUAAGUGUUGAUUCAACCAAAAUAAAACCUGUUUCAAUAGAUGAUUUUACAGAAGCUGUUAAAAAAGUACCUCCAAGCUUACAAAAAAAAGAAUUGUUAUAUUUUAAAAACUUAGUCAAAGAGUAUAAUAAAUAGGUUUGA